GUGAGAGAAAGAGAGAGGCGGGGGCGCGCGCGAGGCAGCAGCGGAGAGAGCAGACCCGGCGGAGAGAGAUAGAGUGUGUGUGUGUGUGAGAGAGAGAGAGAGAGAGAGAGAGAGAGAGUGAGAGAGUGAACUGGAGGAGAGAGAGCGACGACCGUCAGGCUCCGGGUGUCUGAGGGACGGACACCGACACGCAGAGGAGGAGGAGCGCGCAGGCGAGCAGAUUGAUUGUCUGAGCGAGUGGCCGUCAGGUUGAAUGAAGCUGCUGCACCUGGUGCGUCUGAGGGCCUCUUCCAUGUUUUGAUUUGUUUCCCCCUUUUUUUCUUUUUAACUUUAAAAAAAACAACAACAAAAGAAACCUCAAGAAAACGUGGUUUCACCAAGGCCGCUGCUCGUCAUGCCGUCCAACAGUCCUGCUGCCGCCGAGCCGCCCCAGACGCCAGAGAAUGAAACCUCCAACAAUGUGAGUGAAGACGGAGCAGACCAGGACAGUCCAGAGGAGGGGACGCCGGCGAGCCCCCGCAGCAAGCGCAGAGUGGGCCGUCCAGGAAGGAAACGCAAACAGCUGCUUCCUGAGAUGGCGACCUCUGACCCGUGUGCUAACGCCCCGCCAACCCCGCCCGAGGAGCCAGAGGCCUCCCCCUCCCCUCGCAAGAAGCGCGGGCGUCGGAAACUAGAGCACAGCGACAGGAGCAAGGAAGAGCCAGACGACAGAAACUGUGACUCUCCCAGAGAGGUUGAGACUGGGAGGCUGCGGAGGAGGCCAGUACCCAGAGUGACCUUCCAGGCCGGAGACCCGUACUACAUCAGCAGGAGACAGAGAGAAGAAUGGCUGAGCCGCUGGAAGAUGGAGGUGGGAGAGAAUCAGGUCUCUGUCUGUGCGGAGCGGCGGGCGUACAGAGAGGCGGAGAUCAGCAUGAUGGACGACCUAUCAGAGGCUGACUUUCAGAAAGAGGAGGAGCCGUCAAGCCCGGCGCCACCGCCCUCACAGCAACACACAGACCCUGCCUCCCCGACGGUCGCCGUGACGCCAGAGCCGGUUGCCAGGGGGGAACAGGCCACGCCCCGCGAGAUCGAGUACCAGGAUGGGCGGGGCUUUGUCAUCGGCGCACUGGUGUUCGGGAAGCUGCGAGGUUUCUCCUGGUGGCCCGGCAGGAUCGUGUCCUGGUGGAUGAGCGGCCGGAGUCGAGCGGCCGACGGCACCCGCUGGGUCAUGUGGUUCGGCGACGGCAAAUUCUCCGUGGUGUGUGUGGAGAAGCUGAUGCCUCUGAGUUCCUUCUCCUCUGCCUUCCACCAGCCCACCUACAACAAACAGUCCAUGUACAGGAAAGCCAUCUUCGAGGCUCUGCAGGUGGCGAGUGUGAGGGCGGGGCGGCCCGUUCCCUCCUGUGACGCCAGCGACGACGCGGACGGCGUGGAGAUUCAAACCAGACAGAUGAUAGAGUGGGCCAUGAAGGGUUUCCUGCCCAACGGUCCACAGUCACUGGAUCCUCCAGAAGAGGAGCAGAAUCCCUACAAAGAAGUGUAUCCAGAGAUGUGGGCGGAGCCCGAGGCCGCGUACACGCCCCCACCCGCGAAGAAACCUCGCAAGAACUCGGCAGAAAAAGCCAAAAUCAGAGAGGUGAUCGACGAGGGAACCAGAGAGCGACUUAUCCAAGAAAUCAAGAAGAAGACCAGGAAUAUAGAAGAUAUUUGUAUCUCCUGCGGGAGCCUCAACGUCUCUCUGGAACAUCCUCUCUUCAUGGGAGCCAUGUGUCAGGGCUGCAAAAACUCAUUCCUGGAGUGUGCCUACCAGUACGACGACGACGGCUACCAGUCCUACUGCACCAUCUGCUGUGGAGGCAGGGAAGUGCUCAUGUGUGGCAACAACAACUGCUGUAGGUGUUUCUGUGUGGAGUGCGUGGACCUGUUGGUCGGCGCCGGCUCAGCGGCCACGGCGAUCAAAGAGGACCCGUGGAACUGCUACAUGUGCGGACCGCGCAACACCUACGGGUUACUGCGGCGACGCGACGACUGGCCCUGCAGACUGCAGCACUUCUUCGCCAACAACCACGAACAGGAAUUUGAGCCGUCAAAGUUGUACCCUCCUGUUGCAGCAGAGAAGAGGCAACCAAUCAGAGUCCUCUCCCUGUUUGACGGCAUCGCCACAGGUCUGCUGGUGCUGAAGGAUCUGGGCAUCCAGGUGGACAAGUACGUGGCGUCAGAGGUCUGUGAGGACUCCAUCACCGUGGGCAUGGUGCGACACCACGGACGCAUCAUGUACGUGGGAGACGUUCGCAACGUCACCCACAAACACAUUGAAGAGUGGGGACCGUUUGACCUGGUGAUCGGAGGAAGCCCCUGCAACGACCUCUCCAUAGUCAACCCUGCACGCAAAGGCCUUUACGAGGGAACGGGGCGGUUGUUUUUCGAGUUUUACCGCCUGCUGCACGAGGCGCGGCCAAAGCCCGGCGACGAGCGGCCAUUUUUCUGGCUGUUUGAGAACGUGGUCGCCAUGGGAGUCAGCGACAAGCGCGACAUCUCACGCUUCUUAGAGUGUAACCCGGUGAUGAUCGACGCCAAGGAAGUGUCUGCUGCGCACCGCGCUCGCUACUUCUGGGGGAACCUGCCAGGCAUGUCCAGACCUUUGACACCGAUGGUGAAUGACAGGCUGGAUUUACAGGAGUGUCUCGAGCAUGGACGCACUGCCAAGUUUGAGAAGUUGCGUACGAUAACGACACGAUCCAACUCUGUGAAGCAGGGGAAAGACGAGCAUUUCCCCGUCUACAUGGACAACAAGGAGGACAUCCUCUGGUGCACCGAGAUGGAAAGGGUGUUUGGGUUCCCCGUCCACUACACGGACGUGUCCAACAUGAGUCGUCUGGCCAGGCAGAGGCUGCUGGGACGUUCGUGGAGUGUCCCCGUCAUCAGGCACCUCUUCGCCCCGCUCAAGGAGUUCUUCGCCUGCUACUAGUCACACACACACACACACACACACACACACACAACUUUUUAUCUGUCUCUCUCUCCCUCUCUCUAUCACACACACACACACAGUAUACAGCUCGUACAUAAAGGUUGGCUGAUGCAGGAUGAUGCGGAUUAACACACACACACACACACACACACACACAUACACCUGUAAACCAUUGGCUGACCUGAAUCCCCCGGUGCUACUUUGACUGAUUUACACCCUUUUAACUGUAAAUAAAGACAGACGACGUGUCUCCACUUCCUGCCCACUGUAAGGACACGUGGGCGGCGCUGCCAUCUUGUGCUGGUUGUGAUGUCAUUUCCUGCCCUGAAUCUACAUCAAGCAGAGUCAUUAGAGCCACUAGAGCAUCAGUGUGAUCACAACGACCCCUGCUUUAACCCUUAUUUUUCCAUAACUAUGUUAAAACGUAUAAACAGAGCCUAUAAUGUGCAAUAUAGAGUGUAUUAUAUCUUUUUUUCUGAUAAAACGACAUAAACCAACUAUAUAAACACACCUGAGCAAAAAGUACUCGACAUUCUUCACGGUUUAAAGUUUGGGGUCUAAUUUAGUGACUUUUGCACAAUUAUUGCCGCUCCCCUUUUUUUCUUGAAAAAUGCGAUACAAAAUGAUUCAUAAGUUUGACUCAACAACACAUAAGAAGACGAAAAAUGCAGUUUUGUAUUAUUCCCACAGCAGUUUACUAAGGGUGCACCUACUGCAUCCAGCCACCAGGAGGCACUCAAGAUAUUUUUAGCCAAGAAUUAGCAUAAUGGUGAACCUGUCCGUUUCCCUCACCAAGCGUGGAUUGUGGAUUGGUUUGUUUGACGGUACGAAAUUGGUUACACAAAAAGUACCAACUUGUUAAAUCAUUAGGUCUGAAGUUUUUUUAGGGGGUUAAACUAAAAAGUUUUUCACAACUUAAACUACGUUUUUGUUGUUAAGAGUAUAAAGUACCAAAAAAUGAGGCUCUGGUACUGAAUUCUGAAUGCUCUGGCUAGUUUACAAGAUGGCAGCCCUUUCCUAAAGUAUAUAUAAAGCUUACGACAAAAACCAAACAAUUCUUAUUUUUAAACAAUUAUACACUUACUUCUGGCUUGUAUACUCACUUUAUGCUAAUAAGUGCUUUUUAAAUGUUACAAACUGGACGUUUAAAGAAGCUGACAUGUCGUCCGUCUGCAUUUACAGUCACUGAUAAACACACACUCGCACACUCACUGGUGCAGGGCUCCUGUACUGUCACUCAUCACACACAUACUUCCUGUCCGACCUUGAAACUGAUGUCUUCUGGCUUUACAGAGUUCAAACCUCCAGGGGGGCGCAAAGCUCACCGAGAUGCCCCGACCUUUUGAGAAAGAGAAAUCUCUCUCUCUGUCUGAUUCCCUCUGAACCGUUAACACUUAACUGUAUCCAUGCGUAGUGCGUGACAGUGCUUCUUUUUUUUGGAUACAGUGGAUUAAUAAUGAAACACACACACACACACAAUCAUACACAUACACACACAGAAACGCCAGUUAAAGCUUGUGGUGCUGGUCAGGCAGUGAUACGAGUCCAAACGGUGCCACUUUAAUACGACACUUUUACAGUUUUCUGGUGCUCUUUGAGACUCAAAAAGGUCUCUGGUGGUUUUUGCGGUCGCUGCAGUGUUUUUUGUUUUCCUAACCGAGUCAAAAGCAGACGGAGACGACACCAGCCCUGACAGACAGACAGACAGAUAGACAGGAGUGUUAUAAAAGUCCUUUAUUUUUAAAACAAUUUCUUCUACUUUUGAGUGUUCACUGAAAAGCUGCUCUGGAAGAAAACAUCUCAACAAAUCUCAGCAAAUUCGGGGUUAGUUUAACAUGGAAAGGUGGAGUAAUGUCAUUUUACCAUAGGGCGUCUGUAGUGAAACUACCACAAGUGGCACAGGAAGCUGCUUCCACGCGUCAACAUGGUGCCGACAGAAGCUAAAGAGCCUAAAACGCGAAACUGGACCAGGGAUGAAAUGCUGGUGCAUAACCUCACCAUUAUGGAAAUUUAGAUUUAUCGAAUAGUUGUAGGCAAAUGUGCAAAAGUUAAGGACACUGAAAAACCCCUUUGACCUCCUUUUGAUUGGGAAUGGUGUUUGUUAUUUGCCCGAAAACUCCCAAGGUUUGCCACAGGCUUGUCCAACCACCUAGUGCGAAACUGAACGCUUCUUCUUCUGUGUGAAAGUCCGCAGAAAACUACUCGUAAACAGGAUGUGACGGAAUAUUUACGCUCAUAUUUACUGCUAGGAUUGGUUUUACAUGGGGUCUACAGGACAUCUGUCAUUUUAACGGCCAAUUCGCACAGGAUAAGAAAUCUCAGUAAAACUAAACCAACGUAUGCACUGCUGCCACCUCCUGUCGUCAUGUGUGUGUAAAAUCACUUAGAAGCUGUGGUAAUAAUGACUUCAUUACUCCACAUCUACACGUAAAACUAAUCGCAUCCUAAUAGGGCAGUCACACAACAUUAAAUGCUAAAAUGAAAAAGUAAAUUUGGGGUUUUAGGUUAAAUUCCCUCUUAUUGGUGCUCAUCUGCCAUAUCAUUGAGACAUGAAUUACCCUCUGUUGUUGCUAAUACACCAGGGAUUUGAAAUGAUAUGGUAUGUGGGACGUUAUUAUUGUCAUCAUCAUCAUCAUCAUCAUCAUCAUGUCUAAUAAAAAUCAGAAAAAGUGUGUAGAACAUGGCAAAACACUCAUGUCAGGGUAAAAACAUCCUUUGUGUUGAGGUCGAUGUGUUAGAAAAUGGUGAAAAUAAAGAGUAAAGUCAGCUUUUUACUUCGCACUCAGACACAUAUAUAUUUAUAUAUAUACAUAUAUAUAUAUAUAUACUGUAUAUAUGUACAAAUGUAACUGCACGUAACUACUUAGUACGUGGUCAGGAUCUACAGCCACUGACAGGUUUACAUACUCCUGUGCUCGACACUGUUUUAUUUUUUUAUGUUUUAAUUUUUAGGUCAUUUUUGCAAUAUUUUAGGCAGUGAUUGUAUAUUAUGAUUUACUGGUAGCAUUUUAACAGUUGUGUUUCACAUACUAUGCUGACAGCGAUUUCAUUCACUACUGUAGCUCAGUUUGCUGUGACGUGAAUGGUUAUGGUGCAAAGUUGGAAUAAUACUGUAUGUACAGUAUAUAUAUACACAUAUACGGCGACAGCUUCCGUUCGACUCCGUUCGUAACCAUGUCUUCGGUUUCACAUACUUAGUUUUUAUCUAGUUUACCCUCGUGUGGUAAAAAUGAGGUGGUGCUAAUUAUGUCAUAAUGCUGUACCAGACCUGGGAACACACACACACACACGUUGGCAGUGACAAAGGACACUAGUGUGACAGUUAUGUGUACUGUGAAAUGUCAAUAUAAGGUGGUUUCUCUCUGUUGAACCUCAGUUUGUUUUUGACCCGUCAUGAGUGCGACUUUAAUUUAAUUUAACUGUCUCUGUUAGCAAUACAAGCUAAUCUAAGAUUGUGGUUUCCUUGCUGAAGCCGACCUGGAAGUAGCAGUAUGCUGUAUAGCCAUCAGAGGGCGACUCGGCCCCCUUGUAAAAUGUAAAAUGAGUCUUCUUUGUUACUUGAUGUACGACGUUUCCAUGAUAAGUGAAUGCUGUCAAUGGCUAGUUUGGAAAAUAGACAGUAGGAGUGGACGCCAGUGUGAUUGACAGCUGGUAUUGUCAAAUAGGAACAUGGUUGCCGUGACAACUCUAAACUUUUUCUUUGGAAAACGCCGUCGCCACAACUAGUUCCUACUAAUUAUGACUUACUCAUAUAUCUUUUUAUUUUUUAAAUGGGCUUCCAUACAAAGCAAAAAGUCCGUCAACAACAACUGAAUCUGAACAUCUACAUAUUUCCUCAUGAAUCUUCUGGAGGUAGCAACGCGAUCGUUGAAAACAUCUAAUAACAGCGAAUCUCUUAGAUUUUUAAUUAAAUAUCGUACUGAACACUCAAAUAUGCUUUUUGUCCAUUUUUGACAGUGGACUCCUGUCAAAAAUAUUUCAAUAUUCAUCUUCAUUUUGUGAGAUUUUUUUCUUCCAGUGCAGCAGCUAUUAAAUUAAAUUCAGCUCUAACACUCUGAUUUAAUCUAAUUUUGGCUAUUUUAAAAAAAUCUUUUAGCAGGACAGAGAGAAACAGGGAAGUCAGUAUGGGAUAAAACCUGAACUGUUCCGGGAGUUAGACGCCAUCUUUUGUGCCUCAGCCUCAGCGUUUUGUGUCUGGUCUCGGUCAACCUGGUUUUGGUCGACCUGGUGUCAGUCCCCCAGCUCCUGCUUUGCUGGGUUUGGAUCCAAAAACUGCAGCGACAUCCAGUCAAACCCGAGGCAGAACCUUUUCCUCUGCAGACACUAUGCUGGUUUUUUACUUCCUUACAACUGAAGCAGAUAGUCCUGUAUAAAUAACACAUACUUCCUUUCCUUUCCUUUCCUUUACGCAACACACACACACACACACACACACACACACGCACACGCACACGCACACAUACAACCGUUCAAACUCUUCUGCUCUUCGAUCGAUUCCCAAUGCAUGCUGGGAUCAUCUCAGCUCCUGUAUGAUCUUGAAUACGGCAGAGGAGUCGAGGGUUGGCGGACGUGUUUGACAGCACACGAGUGACCGUGCCUGUGUUUCCCCGCCUGCUGCCUGUGUGUUUUAUUUAAACAGGGCUGUCAUCUCUUUCAGUCUGGUGCUUUUUUCGGUGGUCAGUCGGCCAUCUUCUCUCUCCAGGAAGCCUUCCGAUCCUCUGACCUUCCUCAGAUACCAGCUUACAACUGGACGCACACAUUCACACACGUCCUUGUACAACGUUCUUGGUGAGGACACGCGUCAUUUUAUCUUUAACCCCCGUGGUUCUCAAAGUGUGGUACGUUCUACUGUGUAUACCGGGGAGUGUGAUCGGAGUGCGUAGAAAAUGCAACAAAUAACAACAGUCUUCACUCCACAGAACAAUAAUUAUAAUAACAUAUACGUGUUCAGGGUCGGUCUCUUGUGUCACGUAUGAAGUUUGGAGACAAUCGGUCAAUAUAUGGCAAAGCUAUAGGGGCACUUCCUGUUUCGUUGCGAAUGGUCGAGAUUUGGCAAAAUUCCAAUGGUUGCCGUGGCCCCGCCCAUUUUGAAUCUGCGAUAACUUUUCAUCUUUGAUGUGUCCAGUACAAAGUGUCCAAGCUCCGUAGACUAGCUUGUUUAUUUUACAAAAGUCGCUAAGGUGGACGCCAAUAUUCAAAAUGGCCGACUUCCUGUUGAGUUGAGGCCAUGGCCCCAAUGGACCUUUUUGUUCGUCUUGGGCUGCGACACGAGACGUCGGUGCAACUGCUCGCUCCAUCCAUCCAUGUUUUAUCUUAAGCCCUUCAGCCAAAAUGUCCGCGCUUCCGCCGGUUUAUACGUGUUUUUCUUUGUUUGUUUUGUUUAAGUCCUCACGAAGAUGUAUGUACAAGUACACACACACACAUAGUCAUAGACAUCUACACGCAGGCACAGUGACACAAGACAAACGGCAAAACCAGCAGGUUCAGAGAGUUUUUUUUCCAACAAGUUUACUCUCCGUUUAUAUAACCAACCUUCAGGUGCUUUUUAAAACUGCUCUUUUUUACAGUGCUCUUGCAGGUCUCUCUCUCUCUCUCAUACACACACACACACACACACACACACACACACACACUUUGCUGCAAACAUGGUGCCGACGUUCACGCUUCUCUACACUCCUUUCCUCACCACCGAAGACAUCACUAAUGACAAAAAACACACACACACUUACUAAGCAUACACACUGUGUAUUUGCCGCCAUCAGGCUUCCCCCUCCCCCCACGGCGCCCCCUGGGUGUCACACCACCACCCCGCGGCGUUCGGUGCUCCCAUAACCCGCCUUCCGUUACCCGACCAAAAUCCCCCUUACCCCACACUACCACCCCCCCCCCAGGUGCUGCAUGUCAGUCAGUCCGUGUAAUCUCUGAUUCAUGUUAGAUUAGGGAGUAAUGAUAAUAAAAAUAAUGGUAAUAAUAUUACAAUAAUAAUCUGUUAUCGUGUGUGUGUACUGUUCCAGGUUGGUGCUCAGUUCAGUUCAGUCUCAGCCUAUAGACGCCGGGUGUGAGAGAGAGGCUCGAGAAAGCAUAUAUUACAGUUAGUAUAGUGACUUGUUCUGUUGUAUCCGAGGACGCCGGGAGAAAAAGGGCAGGAGCCACGAGCUGCAGGCACCACGAGCUGCAGGAGCCACGAGCUGCAGGGCCUGCACUCUCAAACACAGACGUGAAACUUUCAGUAUCAAGAAAUAUUAAGAAAUCCUGCUUUUUAGGUCGACAAGUUUCCUCUGGUUCCCAGAACUUUUGAAAAUCUUCAGUAGUAUUUGGAAAUAAAAGAAAAGAGAAGUGUUUCACCUUAGAUUUAAAAUAGAAUUGACAUCAAAUCUCUCAUUAUUUAGGGUAGUGAAAAACAAGCAAUUCACAAAUUCUAACAGAAAAAUAAAUUAAAAUAAUUGUUUUAAUUUCUGACGAAUGACAAAUAAUUUCACUUUUACUCUUCAAUUUUACUCUUAAGAUGUUUCUACUGGUUCCCAAAUACAAGAUUACCAGUCAUUUUAAAUAAUAUAAACAUAGAUGUGAAAUGCUAGACAGAUUAUCAAUUGUUCUACAGAUUAUUUAUCAGUGAAUGUUCUAAAAUAUGUCAGCAAUUCAGAUUCAGAAAUAAAUUAGCUAUUAUUUACAUUUCACAAGCUUUAGAGAGUCGCAAAUGGAACUUUUUCACAAUCAAUCAUUUUUCAAACUUUCUUUUAUGUUAAUUGAUUAAAUGAAUAAUCAUUUUCCAUCACAGAUAAUGCAAAUUAAAUAAUCUGAAAGGGGAAAAUCAUUGGCUUUCUUAUGCUGUAUUUUGCACAUUUUACAAUAAACGGUAUUAUAGGGAUGAAAAAGUCUAAUACUCUCAUCUAACAAUCAUAAUAAUAAUAAUAUAAUAAUCAUCAUCUGUCAUUAACACUUAUUAGUUUUGUGUGGCAAAAGAGCACAUUUUUCCUCUUAUUCAUUCACACUCUCCAGCUUUUAUUGUGACAUUUUUGAAAUUGGGAUACUUGAAUGAGUGAAGCUGCAAGUAAAUUUGAAAAUAAAGCAUGAGAUAAUGCAAUAUUUUCCCUUUUUCCGAAGAUUAUCUUGCAUUUAAAAGCAUAGAUCUUUUUAAAACUAAAUAAUCUUGGAUGUAGGAAGUAAACAAACCAAACAAAAAAGUUGGGGAACCAGUGGCUUCUUUUCAUUUCAUUUAAAAAGGUUUUGACUAACAACAUCAGUGGUGCUGUUAUUAUUAAUUAUUCCGCUGUGUGUCUGUUUGAGAGUGCAGUCAGAAAACAAAGAGUGACAGAGGGACGGAGAAGAUAAUCUUAAAGCGACACGGUGAUGACGUUUCUGUUCGCCUAUCGACAGCUUUUAGGCUGAGUGACGCGCUGUUUUUAAAAACACUGAUACACAGCCACACAAACACGCACACAAAACACACUGUUUUACUGACACACACAGACACACACACAGUCGCACAACACACACACGUACAAAGACAAUGCUGUGGCGCAUGCAGACACUCAUCUCAUGGACUAAAUGAAAGAUGAGAAAUAAAAAAGAGGACCUGGUGGUUGUUUCAAAAGGUGCUAAAAUUUUAUCUGAAAAUAAGAAAAAUAUAUUGUUAGGAAUAUAAAUCAAGUUUGUCUUUACUAUGUAUUUAAGUUUGUCGUAGUAAUGAAAAGGCACUAUUAUUAUUAUUUUACUCUUGUAUGAAUAUGAACUAAUUAAAAAAAAAAAAGCAUUUUAACUUUGUACUUGAACAAUGUAAGAAAUGAACCGUGAAAUAAAAAAAAAGGACUGUUUCUUGUGA